AUGGGAAGACAAGGUGUGAUACAGGUUAUCAAGCAAGAAAUUAUGGAAGAAAUUAGUGGUUCUCAUUGUUUCCAAGGGAAUUCCGACAAAACUUUUCCAAAAAAAGAAGAAAUGGAUGCUGUAUCAUCUGCUGUUAUUAGCACAACUGCAGUCAAUUCUAUCUCAUCAUCAACUCAACUAUUAUCAUUUAAAGAUUGUAGCUUACAUCAUAAGCAACCAUUCGAUGAAUCGCUGCAGCUGCAUGAUGCAGCAAGAAAAGCUUUAUUAGCCAGUUUUCGACAAACAAGCUCUAGACAACCGGAGGAAAGUGUAUUACGUCGCAUGGAUCCUGCUGAUGAUCUGCAGUUGAUGUGUACCAAAAAAUGUAUCCCAUGCCAUCGUUGCGGUUCCUCAAUGAAAUUUUUCAUGCGUCGCGUAAAGUACCUAAAUACUGUAAAGGAAUAUCCAGCAUAUCGCUGUAUGAAAAAGAAAUGUCAAACAUUCCGAUCACCUCGUACGUUAGCACGUGAAUGCAAUAUGCUAUUACGUCAAGGUUUUGGCGAUGGAAGAUUCAUGAGUGUGGCACCAACAACAAAUGCCACCAGACAACUCAAAGAGGCAUUUCCUGAUCAUUUCAAUAAACAAGAAAUGGAUGGUUUACAAGGAUUUCCUACCACUCUUAGGGAUGAUUUUGACGCCAAUUCUACUGCGAAUAGUAUUAUCCGCGAGAAGGAAGCAUGGUAUGCUCUGAGAAAUGCCAAACAAUCGUUGGAUAUUUUGGCACAAACCGAUGGAGGGCUUUCACUACGAUUGCAUCGUAUUAUUAGCGAAAUUCACGCAUUAGCCACGCAAUUUAAAGAAAUUCCGAAAAAAGAAAAAUCCAUCAAUACAGCAUUGGAGUGCAAUAGUGGAAUGGUAGGAACAGAUGGAAUGCAUGAAAUGGAUGAUGAAGGUUAUGAUUCAAUGAGAAGAUCAACAGCUAACGAUCUGAUGACAUUAACAGUUGGUGGUGAUUCACGAUCAUCAUUUGAUACCGAAUUGAAAUCUGAAACAAGCAGUGUUGAUUCAUGUAUUAUGAUGAAAAUGCCUUCGUCAACAUCAGCAUUAUCACCCAGUGUAAUACCAGUACAGCCUUUACGCUGGAUUAACAUUUCACGUCACUCACCGUCAUUUAGCGUGAAAAUGGUGGACAGCAGUGGAAGCGCAUCAAGACAAGCAGUUGAUGAAAGGAAACAUAUAGUAACUGGGGAACAAGGCACUACCGUUUAUGAAUCAUUUUUGAGCUGUCCCAGUGCUAAUGCCAAUAGUUCACUCGAAUCUACCACAGUUUCCAGAGUCAAUACAACAGCAUCUUCACCCUUAUUACCAAAUAUUAUGUAUGAUCAACCAUCCACAAGUUACAACUAUAGCACAGUAACUGCAAAUUCGAUUGUGGAAUCAAAUUGUCAAGUAAGUACCAACGAUAAUAAUGAAAGAACUCCAAAAAGUGAACCAAUACCAAUUUAUAUACGACCAAGUGAACUAUGCUUCGAUGAUGUAACUGAUGGUGGUGAAAUAUUGAAUGAAUUCUUCGUGCCAUCAUCAACAGCCAAUUUCCAACCAUCAAAAUCAACAACGACAAAUGAUACUACUCUAACUACUCCGGUAAUGUCAACAGGACAGAAUACUACGAUACCAAUAGUAACAUUUGCACAGCUUUGGAAUUUUAAUGAACAGUACGAUCACAAAGAAACAAAUCCUCUAUCAUCACAAGCAACAUCUGCUACAAUAUGUCCAUUGUAA